AUGAAGUCCGCGAUCAAGGUGUUCAGGGAACUCGAGGCGACAAGCCAACUCCCACCGACGACACCGCAGCAGCACAUUACACCGCCCACCGUACUCUUACCUGCUACUCUCGGUAUGGUGCCACCGGAGCUGGCCGCCAUGGCUGCUAUGGCCGAACCUGCCUGCACCGGUGGGGUGGGGGGGACGAUGCCGCCAUUGAGUCCGUCUGUCACCAACAACACGGCGGCAAUGUCUCCGCAAGCAUCUAUACAGAUGUGCAUGGCACCAGCGCUGGCCCUCAGCCCUUUUUCUAAAUCGCCGAUGCUCAUGGACAGCACGAAAGUGCAAGACACUGACGAUGGCUGCUCGGUCAGCAAGCCACCUACCUGGCCCCCGCCUCAGUCUCCGUAUACUGCACUGCGCAUGGAUGGUGGCAGUGACCCCAGUGACCGGUCAAGUACUGUCCAUGCUCGCAUCGCACCCGCCGUUGGCAGCCUUGACGACGACUCAGCGUAUGGCCCCCUUACCUCCGCCUCCUCUAUCGAAGCGACGCGCCUGUCGCAUAGUACGCUGGAGAGCUCGCUCGAGGUGAACACAUCAGCAAACCAGUUCAAUGCCGAAGAUGUAACGCCGUCAACGACCAAUACUAUCACAACGGGUUGCGGCAGCUGGCGCAGAAGCCACUCUGAUGCCCGCUUGGACAAGGCCCGGUGUUGCUCACCGAUCUCACCCUGCCCACACGCGCAAGCGCACCACGAACCACGCCCAGCGUGUGAAGCAUCCUUGACGUGCGGCGGCGCAGUCGCGUCGCGAGUGGGAUGUAUGGAUCACCACCCACCGCUCUUCCCUGCCUUUUCAGAAAGCGUGUGUGCCUUCUACCCCCUUACCAACGUCAAGGAGCCGACAUCAGCCUCAGCAGCAGCCCCAGCGAUCUCGUCAAGGUCAGCAUCGCACGAGCAAGUAAGUCGUGGACGUCCUUCGAUAGCCCCCAAGAACGCUGCUCCUCACCAGGCGCUAGAGAAGCCGCAGCCAACACCGCAGUCGCCUCUUUCCACCACCACCGACACUGUCUCGGCGACGCCGCGGUCGAAAGCACCCGUGGGACUGGCACUGCAGGAGAAUACAAUGAUUACAAUCCUCGAUACCUUGAGUGGCGCCGACUGCACAACGUCUUCGACGCUCUGCGCUGCACCAACACCACCGCCACUUCGUUCUGGCUCAUUACCGAGCCAGUCCACGAGCACGGUCGAUGCGAAGCCCAACUCCGUCAGCAAUCGACGAGGAAGCUCUACCCCCGCCGCCGCUGCUGCCAUAGCAAUGGCAACUGCAGUUGCUUCCAGGCGGCGUGUUCCCCUCCCUGCAUCCUCGGCUACGACCAUGCCGUCACCGCCGCCGCCGCCGCCGUGCAUGCGCCUCAGCUACACCAGCAAUGUAAACAACGCACACGGCAGUCCCAGCAGCACGUGCACGAGCGCCAUGUCGGGCGCCAUCGCCUUAGUCCCCAUCGGAAUACAGCCGGCAAUCGCCACCGCCGCCUCCUCUUUCUUUGCCGCCACCGCGUGCCAGUCGCCCGCCUACGCAGCCGUCAGCACCAGUGACCCUCCAACUUCCUCCUCCGGAGUGGCAACUGCGCCCCCGCUUCCGGCGUCCGACCUAGGCCUCUCCGCUGCGAGUACUGUACUCUCCAUGUCCUCUGUCCCGACGUUAGCCGCUCUUGAUACGCCAGGCAAAGACUUUGCUGACGCACGAACACCGGCGACGUCACCGCUGCGUCCGGCAUACUGGGCAUUCCCAUGCGCACCGACGGGGUCCAUGACAGUCAUCCUUGCUGCCCCGGAGGUGAGUUGGCACUCCUUGACAAGCAGAGUGAUGACCCCGCCAGCGAGCAGCGCUGGCGCCGCCAUUUCUGACUCGUGUAGUCAGAAUUGCAUUGGGGACUGUGGAGUUCAUGGCGCGGGGACGCCCUUCAUGGACAGGUGCUCGUCGUCCGCCUCGAUGGCGACGCCGCGGGCCGUAUCACCAGGCACGCUGACCGCGUUGCCGGCGUCAUCGGUGAGACUCGACUCUCAGCGUGCAAGCGGCAGCCGUGGCGCUAUGUGGACGUCAGCUGGGCAAACAUACCGAAACGUGCUCGUCCACGGCGGUCGGGGCAGUGGAUCCAUCGCGGCCGUCACGGCAUCGGGGAGCGGCUACAGUCUUGGUCUUCCCCUGUACUCUUCGCAGCCGCAGCUCCUUUGCACUCCAGUGCCGCUUGACGACACAGAGAGCGUGUGUGCGAUAUGCUUAGAGGGUCGUGCAUCGAAGACCCACACAACUGAGAUAAACGAAGCAUCAGCGCCGCUGCAACCGUCGCGUGCGGCGGAGGGGGGAUCAAGCCAGAAGAACGACAGCGCUGCAGCAGUGAUAAGCAAUACAGCUACAGUCGCUGACGAGGGAGCCGAGCAGGGUGCCGUGCGAGGUGUCAAACCUGGCUCUUGCCUCCUCUCGCUUCCCUGUGGUCACUGCUAUCACCAAAACUGCGUUCAGCGGUGGCUAAUAGAAUCGCAGAGCUGCCCCACCUGCCGCCGCGACUUAACACGCGACGCUACUCUCAACUGA